UUACUGUAGGUUCCCUCCUCCGUUGAUCAUCGUCGCCGACGCCGACGCCGGGAUCAACGGCAACGACGAACAAAUAUACGUCUACGACCUUGAACUCCUGUAUUUCGACGGAAAUUCAUGAACGGGACCCUUACACACGCUGUUGGAGGACUCGAAAACCCAAUGACAUCCGCAGACCCCAAACCACCAGGAAAGCGGAAAGCAGUGGAUGAUGUUAAUCCACUGAUGCAGGCAGCAAAGAGGCCAAAGCCGAACGGCGCGUCCAAACGAAAGUACAUUGGCGAGGAACAGCCAGGUGGGCUUGUCAUUGUACGCGCGCCAAUAUCGCGUCCUACAACUCCACAGAACAAUUACCCGUCUUCCCAGCCAUCGACCACAACUACUCGACCACCAUCUCGUCCUCCCUCGUCUCUUUCGCAACCCAUUCCCUCCAGCUCCAUAGCUGGGCCUUCCAAGCCGCCAGCCAAAAGGUUUAAAGCUGACUCGUCACGCGCACCUACCGGUGUCAAGCCACGCGAUGUACCAUCUUCGACGCGUGAGGAACCAGAGUUGGAUGAGGAUAUCAGGCAGAUGGAAUCUGAGACGGUUCAUCUUCGUCAGCGAUCGCGCGCCAAAGAUGCAAUCGAUUCGUCAUUCAAAUUCCCUCCCUCUACACCUAAACACACCUCUCAGCGAUACCCCUCUGAUGCGCUUCGUCCACUACCCGAUAGUGAAACCCCACAAAUAGAGCGUAAUAAAUUACUCCGUGAAGGGGUGUCCCUUCCCCUGCGUACCCCACAACGGACACCCCAACACUCUCGACGAACAUCAAUGAGCGCGCGCGGCAAGCGCAUAAGCACGAGCUUUGAAAACACUGGUGUAAUCACUCAACCACAUGCUACUGUAUCCGAUUCGAGCUUCUAUAAACACAUCGAUUGCGACCUCCCUGAUCCACAACGCGCACGUCAGCUGCUCGUCUGGUCGGCUGCUCGAGCUAUGACGAGAAUAUCUGAAGCAUCUUCUUCAAGCUCAAAAUCCCAGUCAAAAUCUAAAGCAUCAGGUAGCGGAAGUGGCAAAGACCCACCUCCGCUUGAUGAACGCAGAAAGCAAAUUCUGAAGACUGUACAGGACGAUUUCAUUCGCAUGCUUGCGGAGAAGAAGAUUGAUACACCUGUGUAUGGCCAUGUUCUGGACGGGCAGGCUGGUGACGAGCGAGAUUUGAAGCCAAAUGAACAGAAUGUGAAAAAUAAAGAGCGGGAGAUCAAGUUUCGCGAACAUAUCGAGUGUGCAUCAGCAGAGGCCGAUGCGUGGACUCAAGUCGACCACUUUUACAACGCUUAUAUCACCAACUCCAAGGCAGAUCUGGAGAGACGACGCCAAGCUUUGCAGCCCCCUUCGUCUGCUAAAGCGAAAGGCAAACAACGAGCUGCUUCGCAAGAGCCACCGGAUGACUGGGGGUGGCUACUACCUCAUGAGGACGAGCUUUCGGACGCUUUUCGAGAGAAGAUUAAUCCGGAUCUCAUCAAACGCAUAAUGUCUGACGUGGACAGUCUGUUUUCAUUUGUCCACUCUGCAGUGCAGACGACAAACGUAGCUGAGUCAGAACUCGACUAUCGAUUCUCUUUGCUGUCAUUGGCGCUCUCGACUCGAUCGCGCUCUCUUCCUCCUUCAUCACAAAGUUCUUCCCUUUCGUCACAUCUACCGAUACAGAGAAGCUUGAGCCAACAUCCUGAAGACCAACAAGAUCUUUUCCGUGCACUAUCACGAGUAGAUAUGGAUCGUCCGCCAGCCAAAGUUGGUGAUGCUGCACGGCGUGCUGUCCGAGAAGUGCAGCGGGUAAAGGAAGGUGGCGGUUUUGCAGGCGAGCGGCGGCUGACAGGGCUGCCAUCCGGAGUUGGUGCAACACCACGCAAGAUUCCAGGGACGCCCCGGCGGAAGGAGCGACAACAAUAAUGUUUUAUUUUCCCCUGCGGCAUAUAUGUGUGUUGAUGUUUGAAUUAUCUAUUCCUUGUAUCCGCAGGAUGUGGACUGUGAUUCUCAGGAAGUGUAUCAGAUGCAGCACUACUUGUCUGCCACGUACGUAUCUUAUUCAAGCAUUGUGGGGCUUGCAUGCAAUGUUGUAUUCGAUCGACCAGUCCUUCGUACUUACUACUCGGGUUGUAAGUUACCAGCCGCAGCUGACUGGCUAUCAUACCAAAGUGUAGCUGCAAUUAAUUUGUCCUUGUCUCCCUGCCCCUACAUACGACGUUGGGAGUAUUUGUUUGUGU